AUGGCUUCUAUCUCCGAGCUUGCCUGCAUCUACUUUGCCCUCAUCCUGCACGAUGACGAGGUGAUGGUCACAGAGGAUAAGAUCAAUGCCCUCAUUAAGGCAGCUGGUGUCAGUGUUGAACCUUUCUGUCCUGGCUCAUUUGCAAAGGCUCUGGCCAAUGUCAACAUUGGGAGCCUCAUCUGCAAUGUAGGGGCUGGUGGGCCUGCUCCAUCCACCGCUGCUGCCCCAGCUGCAGCUGAGGAGAAGAAAGUGGAAGCAAAGAAAGAAGAAUCCAAGGAGUCAGAAGAUGACAUGGGCUUUGAUCUUUUUUACUAAACUGCUUUUGUUGACAUG